UCCGGUGGCGCCCAUUGAAGCUCCGACCCCCCAACACAAAAUCAAAAUCAAAAUCAAAAUCAAAAUCAAUCCUAAAAAAAUGCCAAUAAUACAUCAUCAACAACUUCUUCUUCAUCCUUCGUGCACCCCAACACUCUCCAUUCCUCAGACUAGAAUUACAAUCAAAAUUAGGGCUUCCAAAGAUCCCCAGCCUCUGCAGCCGUCGAUCNUAGACCUCGGCAACGCCCGUACCGGCCUCGCCCUCAGCAAGGGUUUCUCCGCCCGCCCUCUCGCCGUUUUGGAGCUGAGAGGGCAGAAGCUUGAGCUGAGACUACUUGAGAUUGCGGAAAAAGAGGAAGUUGAUGAGUUUGUCAUUGGGUUGCCGAGGUCCUAUGAUGGGAAGGAGACGACGCAAUCGAAUAAAGUUCGGAGUGUUGCUGGGAGGAUUGCGGUUCGAGCUGCAGAGAGAGGUUUGAGAGUAUAUUUGCAAGAUGAGCAUGGAAGUUCACAAGAAGCCCUCGACUUUAUGAAAGAAGCGGGCCUAAAGAAAUCUGCUCGCCAAGGGAGAACAGAUGCCUAUGCUGCCAUGAUGGUACUUGAGAGAUACUUCUCAAUGUCUGGCAGCGGAGCUGAACUUGUAAUGCCUAAGCAACUGGAACUGCAAGAAAAGCUUGUCAAGGGCCGUCCUAGAGAGUUAGAUUUUUAAGUUAGCAGCCUAUUUCAACGCUUCAUUGUUUAUCAACAUUCAAAGCUUGGUGCAUGUUAGUAACCUUUUACAGGGCAACACAUUUUUUUUUAAUGAAGUUGCAUCCUCUGUUAUAAUUAUUUUUUAAAUUAAUCUGAAACAUGCUUAGCUUUUC